GAAAGACGGAGUUCAGAGCUAUAAAUCGCUGCAAAGCUAGUGCCUCCAUGAAGGGCUGCUUGGGAGGCCCAGUCUGGCUAGUGGGCAGUGUGCCUUCACGGGGAAGGUCAUAGCAUUAUCUAAGAGCCUAAUGUUAGAAAAACCUGAGCUCCUUCCUACCCUGACUGGAGAUUGUUUCUUCAUCUAGCCCUUGCUAGGCUCACUAUUAUGUCUGGUUUCAUAGGUUGGUGGUUUAUAUUCUUUUUAUCAUAGUCAAGUUUUAGGAUGGAGCACUUUUAAAGACCAUAUAGUGUAAAUUUCUUAUUCUACCCUUGAGAAAAUAAAAGUGAAAUGCCAAGUGAUGGAGCCAAGAACCAGAGCAUGCCAGAAUAUACAGAGGACAGAAGUUUCCCAAUUUUCCAUGGUCCUGACUGGCCAUCAAACUGACUAUUAUUGGAGCAGUCUAUAUGUCAUAGUCUGACAUGUAGUCAUUAAAUGCAGAGUGAAGGUCAGAAAAUUGACAUGAAUUUAAGAUGGGGAACAAACUUAAGUUUAAAGUUAUGUAACUCCUGGAAUUGUGCUGGAAUUGUGAGGAAACAUAGUAGUUUCCUCAAUCAUAGUGACUCUAUUGGCAGAUCUAUACAGGCUUCCUGAGGUUUGAGGUACUCUCCAAUAACUGUGAGCCCUGACUCCUGUAUUAGGGAAUAGUAAUGAGGGAAGCUUCCCACAGUAUCCCUUCUCAUCAUCCUAAUAUGUUUUGGUGUUGACAGUUAUUUAUCUUUUGCAUGUUUCUCCCUACCUUCUACAGUUUUGAAACAACAGUGGGAUAUUUUGGAAUGAAGCCAAAGACUGGAGAGAAGGAGAUCACCCCCAGCUAUGUGUUUAUGGUGUGGUUUGAGUUCUGCAGCGACUUCAAGACAAUUUGGAAACGGGAGAGUAAGAACAUAUCUAAAGAAAGAUUGAAAAUGGCUCAGGCAUCUGUCAGCAAAUUGACAUCAGAGAAGAAAAUAGAAACAAAGAAAAUUAAUCCCACUGCUAGUCUGAAAGAGCGACUUCGUCAGAAGGAAGCAAGUGUGGCCACCAGCUAAGAUGGAAACAGAAAGAAAUUACAGUUCGAGAGGAGGCGACCCAAUGCUCCUCUAGACACAAGUGCCAUGGGGAGUUCUGACAGAUCUGUUACAGAACGUUUGCUUUGCUUAUCUCCUUCUGAGGUCGUCUGCACCAAGUGCCCUGUGCCUUCUUGGAGAAGUCCCUUGUUAAUCCACAGGAACAAUGCAAUGCUAUGUAUGGGAAUAUUACAGGAAUAUUUAAUUGUUUCUUAAAGAAGUCCAAAGUCCACCCUAUAAAAGAAUCAGGAGAUGUACCAAAUUUUUUCACAUCUUGCUUUAUGCUGAAAUUCUAAGCUUUCCAAUGUAUAACCAUCAUGUUAUAAAAGAGGUACAUCUUUUAUGGUGAUUGCCUUGAGGGAACUCAAGCCUUGUACCAUAUGUACUAUAUUUUUUUUUGUAUUGGUCUUAAUCUAGAGCCAGUUGUACCAAGCUCCUAUGGCAUUUUUCAUCAAAAAUGUUGAAACUUACCAGAACUGCUUUUAGAGAUUUAACACUGUGUAUCUCCCAGACUAGGGAAAUAAUUUUUGAUGAGGACAAUGAUGAUAUAAUGAAAAGGAAAUAAAUUAAAAUUUCACAUGGGUGGAGAGAGAGACAAAUACCCAUAAACCUCAUCCUGGAGUCUAAGUUAGGAUGCUGGGAGUGAACAUUAGCUGUUGAGAUAGGUCCACUCAGUUAACAUGGCUUCCUGGCCAGUAGAGAUUCUGUACCAACUUCUGGUAUAAACGGGGCAGGAACAGACUUGGAUCCAGUACCCGUUUGGACAAGGGACCAUGUGAGUAGCAAAUGAAUGCUUGCAGACAUGCAGAUGAGGUCUACAUUGUAUUCCACCACUUGCAACUUGGUCUAUUUCACCACUCCCAGCAGUUUCUAGACAGGAGGGCAAAUGCUCCUACCUACCUUUUAUCAUGACCUUGACUUGUAAGCAUGUGAAGGAAAGUAGCCAGUUUGCUGUCUAAAAACAAGAUCAGAAAAACAAUGUUCUUUACAGUAAAGUGAAAACAGGGUGGUUGUGUUAGUACUGACCUCUGAAUGGACUGUCAGGGACAGGUUGUGUUUUCUAACUCUGGCCCUUAAACCACAGAAAAAAAAAA